UACUGAAGUACCAACAGUCACAACUAACAGCUCCUCCAUCCCGUGGCCCUGCGGCUGGAACCAGUUCGGCUUUGCCUCCAGGAUUAACCAGCAUGGAUAGAUACGGAGGUGAGGAAGAUGGAGGGAGACCACCGAUGGAUUCGUCAAGAAGGAGAACGUCAGGAGCUCUCGAGAACUCUGGCAACUUGUCAUCAGCUGCUGUUAGAGCUCCAAUGAUGCCAAGCUCGUCGCUGUUCGGACAGUCAGCAGGAUCAUCGAGGAGAGUGACGUCUGAGGAGCUACAGAGAAGCCGUACGGGAAGUGGAUUAAGAAACUCUGGGAUGGUUUCUUCAUCGUCUGAAAGGAAGAGAUCUUCUUCCACUAGGAAACAUUACGAUUCUGCUGUCAAAGGCAUUGAGACUCUCCAAGUCUCUGACGAAAGGUACCAUUGAUCCCAAUGGUUAGAAGAAGAAGAAAACAUGUAUUUUUUCAGAGAUUAUUAAUCAUAUAGUAUAAAGCUUUGACUCUAUAUUACAGAACCUAGUAAAUUUUCUGAAUUUUUUGUGUUGUUUUUAAUUUUGUUUUUACUUGGGUGUCUUCUUUGUUUUGUAUUUUCUUACUGCGCAGUCAAUGUUUGAAAUUGGGAUUCAUUGUAUGUUUUA